GGGUAAAGAUGUAUUGCUAGGCAAUGAAAGAUUGUUGCGGCCGUGGCAUUGUUUGAGCGUGAAAAAAUUGAAAAAUAACAACACGACUUGCGACAAUAAUAAAGAAAUUGUGUGUUUUAUUAUUUGAUUUGUUAAAACACGUCGAUUUAAAAGUGCAAAGUGUGCAGAAUGUGUUUUGUGUUAUAACAAAGUUGGGCAAAAAAGUACGAGUAUAUAUUCGUUGGCUAAACAUAUGGUAGUUUUUUUUUCAUGGCCUUUUUGAAUGAAUACAAACGUGCGUGUGUGUGAGAGCUAUAUUUUGCACUGAAAAUCUAAUGUAAUGGAAAAUGAAAAUCUUUACAAAGACACAAACACCUCAGAAGGUGGUGGUAGUGGUGGUGGUGAGAAUGAUUUUGGGGAUAAAGUCCCCAAUACACAACAGCACAAAAAUACCAACGUAACGGAAAGAGAUGAGAGCCAAGAAGAUGCGACAACAACAACUUGUCGUGUCAACAAUCAAACAGCUGAUGGUCAAGAUGAGAACGAUGAGGGAGGUGAAGAGGUGGGGGCAGAGCAACAUAAAAUUCCCCCUGAGGGGGAUGACGAAGACAAUGAAACGAAAUCAUUGCUCGCAAAACAACAACCGGCCGGUGUAGACACAACAAAAAUAAUAAAAACACCAACGAGCGAAGGCAAUGACGAGAACGAUGAAGAGUCAACUUUGAUUGCUACAGCUUUCGAAGCUCCAUAUACUGCCAAUCUAGCUCCAUUUGAUAUGGAAUUAAUGGAGAGGCUUAAACGAGAGCGAGAGCGCGAAUCAAAAAGGCAUUCACGCUCUUUAGAGCACAUGAGGCGGGAAACUCGCUCACCUCAAUGUCGUACCAUCAAUGCUGCUGUAGCCACCAGAAUGUUUAUGGAACAUGAAACUCGGGGCCCGGAAGCUGACGCUGGCAGUCAACGGCGGGAGCAACACCAAUCAAGUGGAUAUGGUGAGCGUUUAACAGCUGAUCAGUUGAACAAAAGUAGUGGCGGUGAUUCAGAUCAACAAUCGGCUACAAUGGCGUAUACAGACGAAAGUUUCCAAAGAGACAGCACAUCCUCAACGCUACUACUAGACGAAGACCCACGACAAUCUGGUCGAAUUCUUAACAACCACACGAAUCACAACAAUUACCUCAAUAGUCAUAAUCGUUCAAAAACUCCUGCCAUUGAAGAGGUGCCAAUGACUCCAUUAGCACCGUUUAAAGAAACCCCCCAAGAAGAAUUAAAUGCACCGACUGAUUUCUAUUUGAAAUGCGAAAGGAACCCCUCAUUAUUCUUCGAUGAUGGUGUGCGAUCAAUUGAUUUUGUGCUGGCCUACAAGAUCAAUCCACAACAGAAUGUGGAGGAAAUGCAUGAGAAAAAACGACAGAAAUUUGAGUCGAAUCUUAUGUCAGUGGGCUUGGAAAUAGAGAAGGUUUGCAAGGAACGUGAACAAAUCUAUUUUGUUAAGAUCCAUGCGCCCUUGGAUGUUUUGCGGCGCUAUGCAGGAAUUCUCAGACUACGAAUGCCCAUGAAAGAGUUAGAGUGCGACACGAAAUUUUAUUCGAAAUACAGUCGGUUGCGUCAAGCAGCCCAGUACAUUUCAAAUAAGAUUCCCGGUUUGUCGGCGGUGAAUAAUUCAACUAUCAGGAUGUGGUAUAAACUGAAACGUGUUAUCAGGUUCUUCAUGAAUUACAUCUAUGUGGAUGAACGAUAUUUUCCAAGGCGCACACAACCAUUUACUGCCAUCUACAGUUGCGAUAAGGAAUAUCUGUUCGAUAUACAACAAGAUAACUUCUUUACACCCGCUAUUCGAUCACGCAUAGUUCAAUUUAUUUUGGAUCGUCAACGGUUUGGAUCGUCGGAGGGGAAUGAAGUCGAAAUUACAUUUGGUAUUGACCGUUUAGUGGCCAGUAACACUUAUUGUGCUGCCUAUCCAUUACAUGAUGGUGAAGUUACGGAGAAGAACACAAUGCGCCAUACCCUUUACACACAUUGGGCUUCCAUACGGAAAUGGUAUCGUUAUCAACCGUUAGACUAUAUUAAGGAAUACUUUGGUGUCAAAAUAGGAUUAUACUUUGCAUGGCUGGGUUUUUAUACCUACAUGUUGUUGUUGGCUUCCGUGGUGGGUCUUGUAUGUUUCACAUAUUCAUUGUCAACCCUCAAGCACUUUGAACCUGCCAAAGAACUAUGCAAUACCCAGAGAAACCUCACCAUGUGUCCCCUAUGUGAAUGGUGUGAUUUUUGGGAUUUGAAAGAGACCUGUUUUUAUGCUAAGAUAUCCUAUUUAAUCGACAAUCCCAGCACGGUGUUUUUUGCGGUGUUUAUGUCUUUUUGGGCAACACUCUUCCUAGAACUGUGGAAACGUUAUUCGGCGGAGAUAACACAUCGCUGGGAUCUAACGGGCUUCGAUGUGCACGAGGAGCAUCCACGACCUGAAUAUAUGGCCAAACUAAAGCGUCAACCUGUAACAAAGGAUUUUGUUACGGAUAUGGAAGUACCUGUAGCGCCAUUUUGGCGCAUGAGAUUGCCGGCUGCGGUUUUUAGCUUCUCCGUGGUUUUACUUCUAGUCUCUCUAACUUUUGUGGCUGUAUUAGCUGUCGUGGUAUACCGUAUGAGUACCAUGGCUACAUUGACAACACUUCCUAAUCCCAUGAAUACCUCACGUGCUAUAGUUGUGGCCACCUCAUCAGCAGCCUUUCUGAAUUUAUGUUUUCUUUACGUACUUAACUAUGCUUACAAUCGUUUAGCGGAAUAUCUCACCGAACUGGAAAUGUGGCGCACACAAACACAAUUUGACGAUUCUCUAACACUGAAGAUGUAUCUUUUGCAAUUUGUCAAUUAUUAUGCUUCCAUAUUUUAUGUGGCAUUCUAUAAAGGCAAAUUUAUUGGUCGACCUGGUGCUUAUUCAUAUUGGUUUAAUUAUCGCCAGGAAGAGUGCUCCUCCGGUGGCUGUCUGACUGAACUUUGCAUUCAACUUGCCAUUAUCAUGAUAGGCAAACAAGCUUUCAACACCAUCUUGGAGGUUAUAAUGCCUUCAAUUUGGCGCAAAAUAGGCGCAAUACGUGUUGGCCUUUCAAAGCUUUUCUAUCCCAAGGAAUAUGAAAAACACAAGGAUACCGAAAGAUGGGUGCGAGAUUUGAAGCUAUUAGACUGGGGACCACGUAGUUUAUUUCCAGAAUAUUUGGAAAUGGUUCUUCAAUAUGGAUUUGUAACAAUUUUUGUUUCUGCCUUUCCACUGGCCCCAUUUUUCGCCUUGUUGAAUAAUAUUUUGGAAAUGCGUUUGGAUGCCAAGAAACUAUUGACCCAUCAUCGGCGACCGGUGUCGCAGAGAGUUCGUGACAUUGGAGUAUGGUAUCGAAUAUUGGAUUCUAUAGGGAAACUAAGUGUCAUAACAAAUGGAUUCAUUAUAGCCUUCACUUCGGAGUUAAUACCACAGUGGGUUUAUCGCUACUACGAGAAUGAUGAUGGUAGCUUAAAAGGUUACAUGGACUUCACUCUUUCCUCAUUUAACACUAGUGAAUACGAUCUCACACGCAGUCUGGCAGCAAAAUAUCCCAACAUGACCACCUGUUUAUAUACAGAUUUUCGCGAACCACCUACCUCGAAAAAUAGAUACAAAUUAAGUAAUACCUUCUACAUAAUAUUAGCCUGUCGUUUGUGUUUUGUGGUUCUCUUUGAGAAUUUCGUGGCACUAGUGAUGAUCAUAGUGCGCUGGUGUAUACCUGAUAUGAGUGUCGAACUAAGGGAUCAAAUUCGGCGCGAGGCGUAUGUUACAAAUGAAAUCAUCAUAGAUCACGAGACUCAACGAGCGAGAGAGGAACGUGCGAAACGUAGUUCAUCCGUACGCUUGGCCGAUACAGAUCAGACUGACGAUCCCAAUGAUAGUUUCAUACGCAUUGAACAAUUGCUGAGCAAAGAUUUAUCCCAGUCACAAAUGGAUCUUAUUAUUCAUGGUAGCAAUGCAGAGACCGGAAUACACGGUGAUGUUUAAGGCAAUGUGUAACUACUAGGACUGGUAGUAGCCCUAAGAUAGAAGAAACAAAAAGACUACAGUUUAAUUUCUCACAACAAUACUCGGAUAAAUGAGUAUAGCCUAUCUAUGUUUUUGCUUUAGUUGAUAAUUUAUAGCGAGUUUUUUUUUUUUUAUUUGAAUUGGCUAGCUUUAAGAGAAAUUUUAUUUAAAGAUGAUGACUCGAAAGAUAAGUGAUAAUGCAAUAUUUGAAGGGGAGUUUUUAGAAGAAAAUUUGUAUAUGCUUCUUUUAAGGAAAGAAUAACCGCACAGAAAAAGUUUUUGAGAUCUAUCCUCAAAGUCUUUAUAUAUUUUCAAUAUCCCCUGUUAGAAGCAGAAUGAAACAAAACUAUUAAGCUACGUUUACACUGGUCCUUAAAACCCGUUUUAAUGGCUAAAUCAUUUGUUUUCCCUUUAUAAAUCAGCUGACGAGAUCUUUAAAUCCGGUUUUGUUGAGCAGUGUCAACGGGUCUCAAUUUGUUUGUUUUUCCUUUAUAAAUCAGCUGACGAGAGCCUUAAAUCCGGUUUUAGUGAGCAGUGUAAACGGGGUUUUACCUUGAAGAUAAUUUAUUUAGACCAAUAUACAGCUCUUUAAUUGAGUGACUUAAGAUUAUUUGUAAGUAUUUGUUUUUCAUAUGGGGUUGCCACACUUCUACAAAAAUCGAAUAUAAUCUUGAAAUGAAAAGA